CUGACUUCUGCAGAACCAUGCUCGGCCUCAGCACCACGCUCUUGCUGGCAGCGACCUGUCUGCUUACAAGCCCAGGUGUUUCCACAGAGACAGUUAUCACCUGUAAUGUCGACACUGUCCAGCGCCUGAGCUGUGAUAUCGGAGUGAUCAGGGUGGAGGAGGCGCUGUAUGGACGUGCAGACGCUGAGACCUGCAGUGAGGGAAGACCUCCGAAUCAGCUGGCCAAUACAGAAUGCUCUCAGGGGGAAAUAGUGGACGUCCUCAAGAGAAGGUGUGAUGGGAAAACGGUGUGUGAAGUAAGCGUGAAUGUAUUCGGAACACCUGAUCCCUGCAAGGGCACCUUUAAAUAUCUACAGACCAAGUACACCUGCCUCCCCGCAAUUCGCCUUGUGACAUGUGAGCACUCUCUGGCCCAACUGCAGUGUGAUCAAGGGCAGGUUAUAUCAGUCUAUGGUGGCUCUUAUGGACGCUAUGACCAGACCACAUGCACCUACAAACGGCCUGCCUCUCAGAUCCAAAAUGUCGACUGCUCACAGCACACCAGCAUAGUUUCUGAGAGCUGCAAUGGAAAAAACAGCUGUACUAUCAAAGCGAGCAACUCAGUUUUUGGUGACCCCUGUUAUGGAACUUACAAGUACCUGGAGGUGGCUUACACAUGUCUAUUUGUUUCCACAGAGAGAGCUAUCACCUGUGGCAGCAGGCAUAAUGUCCAGCGCCUGAGCUGUGAUAUCGGGGUGAUCGGUGUGCGGGCAGCACUGUUUGGACGUUCAGACAGCGAGACCUGCAGUGAGGGAAGACCUGAGAGUCAGCUCACCAAUACAGAAUGCUCUCAGGUGGGCACAGUGGACGUCCUCAAGAGAAGGUGUGAUGGCAAGAGGGAGUGUGAACUGAACAUCCAGGUCGUUGGUACCACUGACCCCUGUCCUGGAAUCUACAAAUACCUGGACACAUACUACACCUGCUUCCCAGCAAUUUACUCUGUUACAUGUGAGAGCUCUUUGGCACAUCUCCAGUGCGAUGAAGGACAGAUAAUAUUUGUGUACGGUGCUCACUAUGGACGCAGUGACCAGACCACAUGCAUUUACCAACGGCCCGCCGGUCAGAUUAGCAAUGUCGACUGCCCAAACCCCACUGGGAAAGUUGCUGACAGCUGCAAUGGGAAAAACAGCUGUACUAUCAGAGCGAGCAACUCAGUGUUUGGAGACUCCUGUCCUGGCACUUACAAGUACCUAGAGGUGGCUUACAUCUGUGAAUAUCCUGGGGUCAUUCCACAGCAGCUCCCAGAGUAUUAACCCGUGUCAACAUGCUGAAUUUUCAGUCAGAUACCUAUCAACAUGCACUGAAUUAAGUACAUUUGUCAGUUUGUCAAUUUGUUCAUUGGCUAUAGAGAAAUUAAAGACAAACAACCACAGACUCUUGU